CAGCAUUCUGAUGUACAAUCAGAAGAAGUAUUUCCUUUAAGGAACAAAAAACCAGGACAUUUGUUUACAAGACCUGCAAUCUCUUCCUGUACUAAAUGACUGUGAAAAUCUACAAUACUUUAUCAUCACUACAAAAGAUCAGCCAGAGUUGUGUUGUCAGAAGGCCAGCUCAGCAUUAUAGAGAAAAGAAGAAAGAGGGAGGGACAGAUCAUGGAGCAAAAGAUGACCAAGGAGGGUUGGACCGAGAGAAUGAUCAAAACAGUUAAUAGAAACAGCUGAAGUAAAUUGGCAGGACAAGAUUCAGACUUGACAGAACAAACAAUGCCUUCCAAUGUCAUUCUGCUCGACUGUAUUUAGCUUUUAUUAGUCAAAUUAAUUAUUUUUCAGCGUUGGAGUAGUGGUGCUUCUCAGGUGUUGGGUUUUAUUCGUUCUUUAAUUGCUUCUGGAAAAGGACUUUAUCUCUUGUAAUUCAGCCAUCCACCAAAUAGAUGUUGAACGAGGCAAAGAGGACAAGAUGGUAAAUUCAAGUUCGUAGACGAUGUGGUUUCAGAAGCACAGAAUGGGAAUAUGAACAGGGUCUUCUGUUUAAGAACUAGACGACAAUGACGACGACCACACCUACAGUUUUGACAAAUAAAGAGUCGGGGGCAGACACCCAGCUGUAUUCCUCAAGUAAUUCUUCCAUUACUGGCCCCUGCAAUAUUGAUGAGUCCUACAAGUACAUUUUUCUCCCCAUUUGCUACUGUUUUACUUUUGUUUUCAGCAUAACCCUUAACUUUGUAAUUCUGUAUCGUUCCUUUCGACGCACCAAGCGCUGGAAUGCAUCGCUGAUUUACAUGGUAAACCUGGCCACUACAGACUUUAUGUAUGGUCUAUCCCUGCCAUUCCUGGUGGCCAGUUACGUCAUGCGCGACGACUGGGUGUUCGGGGACUUCAUGUGCCGCUUAGUGCGAUUUCUCUUUUAUUUCAACCUCUACUGCAGUAUCUUCUUCCUCACUUGCAUCUCGGUACAUCGCUAUCUGGGCAUCUGCCACCCCAUGAAGACCAUUACCUUAGAGUCCAAACGGGCAGUCAAGGGAACUUGUGUAUUGGUAUGGAUCGCUGUCUUUGUGCUAACAUGUCCAAUUUUUCGUUUUGCCCAGACACAAUAUCUUCCACGUCAAGGGAUUUUAGGGGCGGUUGUGAAUGGUGAAAGCACAAGGGAGGAGAUGUUCAAUAAUUGCUGGGAUGAUGCAAUCGAUAAGGAGUUCCACGAUUACAUUCCGUAUGGGAUCACACUUCAUUUCUUGGGGUUUUUCCUGCCAUUUAGCAUCAUCGCCUGGUGCUACUCCCGUGUAGUGUUGACGAUAUUUCGGACGCUCCACUCUCAGCCACCUUCUCAAAGAGCUCGAAGUGGGACGGGCUGUGAAAGUGUAUCAGGGAUAAGAGGAGAGGGCAUGUCGAUCAUCUUGGGGGCACAUUCACCGUACGUAAACAGACGUCGCAAGUCCAUCAAAACCAUAAUUACGAUCACUCUGCUCUUUGCCCUUUGCUUCUUCCCGUUCCAUGUCACUCGCACAAUUUUCCUGCUGCUGAAAUUGACAAGUAGGGUGCAAUGUCAUACCAUGAGCAUGGUUUCCAUCUGUUAUAAAAUUACUCGGCCACUGGCCUCAUUCAAUGCUUGGCUAAAUGCGCUCCUGUAUUUCCUGACUAAAGAGAAACAUGGAUCCUGCUGUCAAAAACCUGAACAUGCCCAGCAUGGCGUCUUGUGGCCACUGAAGAUGCUUGGAAAAGGAGAGGAGGAAGAGAAUGAAGCUGACGAUAAAGGGAACCAUAAGGAAAAUGGGACCAAAACGGAAACCGAUACAUACAGAGGUCUAACUUAAGAAAUAAAGAUGAAAAACAACAAAAACAGACAAACAAUAAAAAAGGAGGUCUUCGAUUUGUGAUUUAUAAUGUCAGAACUGAAAUAAUAUAUCUGAUAUAGUAAUUUUAUUUAUUACACCUUACAGAAAAUGAUUGUUUCACUCAGGGCAACUGCUUAAAUGGUUAGACAUCACUUAAAUAAAAAGAUUGGUCAAUUUCAGUCUAUAUUAACAGAACAAAUACUAUUAUAUAUAGAAUAUGUGUUGUUUAUUCAUGGCAUCAGGCAUACUUCAAAGUGAGGUGCAGUGUCAAGGAUUAAUAUAUAUUGUGAAUGAAUUAAACUCCUGGAUCUUAAUUUGCCCAUCAGUUUUUAAAAGUGUUAAUCUUUUGUCUAUCUUUCAAUACUUCAUUCUGACGUUUCCUUUGUUUUGAUAUAAAUUUGUAUUACACACGUGAGCAAAAACUGUGCUUUGUGUACUUUCCAUGUACACAUAACAUCAGCAUACAGCACGAGCUGUCUACCCUUUGUACUUCCGUCUUAUUAAAAGAAGUUAGAAUCAGAUGAUUCUAGUGUCAUAGACUGUUAUUACUUUUUGGUAUUUCAUUGGUUAAUGGUCAACUGUCAUGUUGCAAGACAGAUUUGCUGUAUCAAAGGAAAGCCUGUCUAAAUAUAAACAUUUAUUUAUGGUAAUAGUGGAAGAAUGCAUGCUAUUAAUGAAAUACCUUGUCAGCAUUACACCUAUUAAUGUUGUAACACUACUGCUUUUCUGCUAACUCACACUUGAUUAAUGUUCAAGCCAUUUUGUUUUAAAAGAUUGUGUACAUGUGAUAUUAUAUAUAUACCAGACUGUGCGAUGUACAUAUUUAAAGUAAAUGAAUAUUUACUAAAAAUAUUCUAUUGUAUUACCUUUAUCUAAACAUGACAAUGGGUCACUCAUCACAUGCAGGGGAUUUGCAUAAUGAAAGAAGUGAUGUAGAUUGCAGAAACCAUGUAUUUUGAGUUUUUUUUUUUUGCCUAGACAUACAGCUAUAUUUAAACUUAAAUUAGACAUUACUGUGUAAUAACCGAAUAGAGGCCAGAUCAGGCUGUGGAUACAUUUUAACGGAGAACAGUUUUGUUAGACUUAAAACAUGUAAAACAAUAUUACCAGUUAACUUCUAUUUUUAAAGUUGUGCUCGAGUUAUAAUGUAAACGUGGUUUAAACAAGCUCUUGGCAUUUAAUUGACUCUAUUUUGAACAUACUGAAUUUACUUUACAAGCCCUGACAAUACACAAACAAUACAACAGGGGGCGGCAUAUCGCAGUCGACGACUUGUAGUUUGGAAAUUUGAAAGAAAACCAGCUAUGGCACUUCCCGACCUGCACCGCGGCACAUACAUGAUCUGACGGUUAUUAAAAAUUAUCAAAAAAUAAAUAUAAAUUACUGAAGCAAGUAAAUGAAUAAAUAAUAACUAGAAUAGCUUUUAUUAACUUAAAGGCAAUAAAUCCGUUCGUGAAAAAAAAUAUUUUACAUUGGGGAAAAUUUAUAUUUAUUUUUUCAUCUGCCCCGUGUCAUCAGAGUGGUAGAGCUGCUGCUGUUGAUCGUUGGCGCCAUUUUCAAACUUCAGAGCCUCAGUGACUGAACUCUUCUAACAGACACAUUAUUCCUCAUUAUGCUUUUUUCCACAUCUUUACAUCAGGACUACAUUAACAUUUAUUUCACCAUUAUUAGCCAUUGAAAACGGAUUUUCACAAAAGAAACUGAUGCCCCGGGAAAAAGGCUACAACCCCUGCUUUUUAUGCCUACCAAGUUCCUCAGGCAGCCUCACAAGCUACAGCUAAGCAGAGGCUGCACACUGCACUGGACUGCUGGUCUGGAGGUACACGAGAGAGACUACACUGCAAGAAGGUGCUUGGUGGGUUACUUUGGGAAAAGCAGGCACCUUUUCCUCUCCCCUGUUGUCUAACAUGCUCGAGAACACGGAUCGAGG